AUGUCAGGCUGGCUUUGUAGUGCUGAAGAGGUCACCCCCAUUACCGGAAUACGGGGUGGAUCUGUCUUCCUGUCACCGUCGGUUCCUCUAGAAUUUAACCCCCGGGAAGUCUUCUGGAGACACUUGUCCCCAACAGAUCAUUUGGUGGCCUCUUUUUCCCGAGGCUCCUUGGACACAACAUAUCAGUCGUGUUUCCAUGGCCGGGUCCAACUUCUCGAAAACUUGACAUUGGAAGUAUCGGGACUAGAGUUGAAGGACACGGGCUUGUUCACUUGCCAGAUGGUGGACACUCAAGGACACAUGAAGCUUUAUCAGUUUCAUCUCACUGUCUACGAAGAGGCAUCCAAACCAGAGGUCCAAGUCUUUGUGUCAAGACGAGGUGAAGAAUGUGCCAUAUUUCUCAGCUGCAAUGUGACCGCAGGGAGUAAUGUAACCUAUAGCUGGAUGGUUGACACUGGACAAGGGGACCUACUAAACAACACCUACAGGUUAUAUGAUGACAGACGCCUGCUUCAGACAACUUUGACCUCAACUCAUCAACCUGUCUCCUUUAUCUGUGUUGUAACCAACCCUGUCAGCAAACAAAACACCUCUGUGAUCCCAUGGGCAAGCUGCUUACCAGGACAAGAGUCUAAGCUGAACAACGGCAAAAUAGUGUUACUUGUCGCAGCCUUUCUCAUUAUCUUGUUCACCACCGGGAUGAUCUGCGUGUACUUUUUUACCAGAUCCUCAGGUAAAACCCCGGUAAACAGAAGAGAGAGGAUCACCAUGAAUACAGAGGAGACCAUUCUACAUCUCCAUGAAGAGACUGAAGCACUAGUGAAUGAGCAGACUGGUCUUCAACACCCCGAGGAGACAACAUCCUGGCACAAUGGAGAGAUGACACUUGGACAUAAUGCCGUGGGGGGCAGACUUUGUGAAAUGGAAGCUCGUAUACCGUAA